AUGCAAUCAAAUGAUAAUCGAAUUAUUUCAAUUCACAAUUCAUCAGCAACUUUCAAUAUGUUACAAGAAAAUAAUCCAUUACAAAUUAUUGCUGAUUCAAGAUUUCAUAUGAUUAUAAAACGAGCUAUCCAACGAAGUCGUAUAACACCAUUAUCACCUAAACAAAUGAUACAUUCUGAAUGUAGUUCAUGGUCGUCUGCUUCAAUUGUUAGUAGUAUUGAUUUAAAAACACCUGAACCAACAUUGCAUAAUGAAGUUAGUCAAAAAUUAGAAGCAAUAAAUAAAACAUCAAGAAAUGGAAAAUUAUUAAUUAUUUUGACUAUUUUUCUUGUAUUAUUAAUUUUGAUUGGUAUUAUUCUUAGUAUUGUAUUAUCAUUAACAUUAAUUAAAAAUUCAUCAACGGAAACUACAACAAUUACACAUUUAGUAACAACGAACAUUUAA